UUCCAUCCUUCUGACAGUCGCAGCCAUUAGCGACUGUUCUUUUCCUCAUUUUGUUUUUCAUUUUUUUUCUUCACAUUUAAUAUCCCAAAUAUCUUUUCUCUGCCAUGGCUAAGCCAAUCUGGUUCUCCUUCUCUGUUCUUCUUCUUCUUCUUCUCGUUCAACAAUGUCGUUCAGAGAAGAGAACCUACAUUGUUCACAUGAAAAACCACGACAAGCCCUUAGCCUACGCGACCCACCAUGACUGGUACUCUGCCAAUCUUCAGUCCCUUUCCGCUAGCGCCGAAGAUUCCCUCCUCUACACCUACACCAACUCCUACAAUGGCUUCGCCGCCUCUCUCGAUCCCGACCAGGCCGAGUUGCUUCGGAAGUCCGACUCCGUCGUCGGAGUUUACGAGGACACGGUUUACACUCUCCACACCACUCGGACGCCGGAGUUCUUGGGCUUGGCGGUGGACAAGGGACUGAGUGCGCAAGAUGUGAACCAGGCCUCCGAUGAUGUCAUCGUCGGAGUUCUUGACACCGGCGUUUGGCCGGAGUCGAAGAGUUUUGAUGAAACCGGAAUGCCCGAGAUCCCGGCGCGGUGGAAAGGCGAGUGCGAGUCGGCGCCGGAUUUCGAUCCUAAACUCUGCAACAAGAAGCUCAUCGGGGCGAGAAGCUUCUCGAAGGGGUACCAGAUGUCGAGCGGAGGAGGAAGCAUCGGGAAGCAGCGGAAGGAGGUCGUCUCGCCGCGCGACCGCGACGGGCACGGGACCCACACGGCCAGCACCGCCGCAGGUUCUCACGUGGCGAACGCGAGCCUCCUCGGAUACGCUAGCGGCACGGCCCGUGGGAUGGCCACGCGCGCGCGCGUUGCGGCCUACAAGGUCUGCUGGAGCACCGGCUGCUUCGGGUCGGACAUUCUGGCUGGUAUAGAUCGGGCGAUCUCCGAUGGCGUCGACGUCCUCUCGAUGUCUCUCGGCGGCGGCUCCGCUCCGUAUUAUCACGACACCAUCGCCAUCGGUGCUUUCUCAGCCGUGGAGAAGGGGAUAUUCGUCUCCUGCUCCGCCGGGAAUAGUGGGCCCAGCAGGGCUUCGCUGGCAAAUGUGGCUCCGUGGAUCAUGACGGUCGGGGCCGGCACUUUGGAUCGUGAUUUCCCGGCCUACGCUGUGCUCGGGAACAAAAACCGGUUCACUGGUGUUUCCCUCUAUAGCGGACCAGGAAUGGGGGAUAAACCGGUCGGUUUGGUUUACAGCAAGGGGGCCAACAGCAGCAGUGGGAACUUGUGCUUGGCCGGUUCGCUCGAACCGGAAGUUGUACGUGGGAAAGUGGUGUUGUGCGAUAGGGGCGUUAACGCGCGCGUGGAGAAAGGCGCGGUCGUGCGCGAAGCAGGCGGGAUCGGGAUGAUUCUAGCAAACACCGCCGCGAGCGGCGAGGAGUUGGUGGCCGACAGCCACCUGUCGCCGGCGGUUGCGGUGGGGAUGAAGGUCGGGGACCAGAUCAGGGAAUACGUGCGGUCGGAUCCAAAUCCGACGGCGUUGCUGAGCUUCGGUGGGACCGUACUGAACGUACGGCCGUCGCCGGUGGUGGCGGCGUUCAGCUCCCGGGGACCCAACCUGGUGACGCCGCAGAUCUUGAAGCCGGAUGUGAUUGGACCUGGGGUGAACAUCUUGGCCGCGUGGUCGGAGGCGAUUGGACCCACUGGGCUUGAGAAGGACACGAGGAAAACCAAGUUCAAUAUCAUGUCAGGUACAUCAAUGUCAUGCCCACACAUUAGUGGUCUAGCUGCACUACUAAAAGCGGCUCAUCCAGACUGGAGCCCAAGUGCAAUCAAAUCAGCGCUAAUGACAACUGCCUAUGUAACAGACAACACCAAGUCCCCACUCAGGGAUGCAGAAGGAGAUCAAGUCUCCACCCCAUGGGCUCACGGGGCGGGCCACGUUGACCCCCAGAAAGCCCUCUCACCCGGCCUGGUCUACGACAUAUCGGUAGAUGAGUACAUCAACUUCUUGUGCUCCUUGGACUACACAACUGAUCACAUCCAGACCAUUGUCAAGCACCGCAACUUCACCUGCUCCAAGAAGUUCUCCGAUCCCGGCGCUCUUAACUACCCUUCAUUCUCCGUCCUGUUUGCGAACAAGAGGGUUGUUCGCUACACUCGUCGGUUGACCAAUGUGGGAGCUGCAGCUUCUGUGUACACGGUGGCUGUGAAUGCACCUCCGACAGUGAAAGUCACUGUUAAGCCCGCCAAGCUUGCGUUUAAAAGCGUUGGGGAGAGGCUGAGGUACACCGUGACCUUUGUGGCCAGCAGAGGUGCAGCCCGGACGUCAAGGUCCGAGUUCGGGUCGAUCGUCUGGAGCAACGCCGAGCAUCAAGUCAGAAGCCCGGCUGCUUUCGCAUGGACGCAGUUGUAAGAUUGAAAAUAGUUUGGUGCCUUUUUAACUGUUGGUUCCCCCUUUGGGUUUUUCUUUGGCGUGGUGAUAGUCUUUGUGGCUAUUUGGCAAGAGGGAAACAGCGGCCCAAAAAAGAAGGCCCUGAUCUCUAGUGAUUUUAAAACCGGAAAAAAAAAAGUAUUUGGGUUUUUUUGCAAUUGUAAGCAUUUCAGAAAAUGGGGUGGAAGAAGUUCUUAUAAAAAGGAAUUUGCAAAUAAGUUCUACUUCUUAAUCUAAUUUUCUGAUACAAUGACAUAACAGUGUUUUAUCCCUGUGUAUGACAGUCAAAACGUUGUUACUUGCAAGAUGGAGAAAUUUUUAUUUUUACGUGAA